GGAGACCAGAUAUAGUGAAUGCAGGGUCCGAGGAGACCAGAUAUAGCGGAUGUAGGGUCCGAGGAGACCAGAUAUAGUGAAUGCAGGGUCCGAGGAGACCAGAUAUAGUGAAUGCAGGGUCCGAGGAGACCAGAUAUAGCGGAUGUAGGGUCCGAGGAGACCAGAUAUAGUGGAUGUGGGGUCCGAGGAGACCAGAUAUAGCGGAUGUAGGGUCCGAGGAGAGCAGAUAUAGUGAAUGCAGGGGUCCGAGGAGACCAGAUAUAGUGGAUGUGGGGUCCGAGGAGACCAGAUAUAGCGGAUGUAGGGUCCGAGGAGAGCAGAUAUAGUGAAUGCAGGGUCUGAGGAGA